UCAUGCGCACUUUCAAGGAAGUAAACGUAGUAAAGUACCGUGUUGUAACGUUACUGAUUUACAGAGAUGAGUGGAUCGGUCCGGUGUCAAUGACCGUUUGUGAUUGCUUUGAGGAUUGCCAUUGAGUUGAAAUCAUCAUGGAUGAUAACCAGACACGUAAAGUACAAUUCAUAAGAGAAAAGAUAAAACUUGAUCCACUUGCUGUCGAUAUGCAAUGGAGUUUGUUUUCGUCGGCAGCACUAAGUUACCGAUUUGACACCGUCCUUCGACCGUUCCCUCCGAUGUUCAUGAGUUCCGACAACGAAAAGGAUACAAAAUCACUGGAGCAGGCAAUGCGUGAAGUUCCAAACGUGUUGAGAGUAGGUUCUUCGUUAUCAUCACUCUCCAGCAAGACCAUUGACCUGAUUCACUGGGUGAUGGACUCGAAGUCCUUCACUCUCACAACCCUAGACAAGACUCAGUUUGCAGCGAUCCAGAAAAUGACUGGUCAUACCACUGAGGUGCCAUCUCCGAACUUCAUCUUUGAGGUGACUCCCAGUGAAACUAAUGAUGCCAAAUUUCAAGUUGUCCGCAACAACAGAAAAGUCUUCUUUGCCUAUCAUGGAAGUCGUAUAGAAAACUUCCAUUCUAUACUGCACAAUGGUCUAGCAUCUCAUAUGAAUAAGGUGUCAAUGUUCGGUGAGGGCACAUACUUGUCGGGGGAGCUGGCAGUGUCCAUGACCUACAGCCCAACAGGCUUGACCUGGGACUGCAGUGAACUCGGAAACAAGCUGGGCUGUGUUGCUGUGUGUGAGAUGAUUGAUGACUCCAGUGUUAAAUGUCAGGAAAAGACAGGAUCUGAGGAUGGUGCAAAGAAGUCCCGAGCACGUGUCACUGGCAGCAUGGCUGGGGAUGUUCCUGAGAAGUACUAUGUGGUCCGGAACAACGAGGUCAUGCGUGUUCGUUACCUGGUGGUGUAUGCCGAGAAGACAAAGCCUAAACAGACGGGUGUGAGCAGAGGUCAUGUGUCAUGGUUUCAGCAGAACAAGUUCGUGGUGAUGAUGGUGGUCUAUGUCCUCCUCCUCCUUGCCAUCGGUCUCGCCAACUCAAAAUCCUUUCAGUACCAGGUGAAGCGGAUCUUCAGAUAACACCAGCUCAUGUCCUAGUUGAAUAAAUGCAAACUGUUGAUUGAACAUCCUGACUCGGAUCUUCCUGUACGUUCUGCUCAGGGCUGUAGCCACGUUGUCACGCCUACACUGGUGUCCCUGUUGGCUAUGUGUCUACACUGUACACUGCUUUAAUCAAUGCAAUUUUGUGUAUGCAUAUUGUAGGACUUCACGCCUCCUCCACACCUCCUUCACAUCCCAUGGCCAAUGAGCAUUGGUCUAGAGAAGUUUAUCUACUUAUGCUUUAAUAUCAUUACUAAUUUUAGGCAGUUAAUGGGUUGAACAAUUUUUGAUUAUUGAUAUGAUCAUUAAAAUCCAAUCUCAUUAAAAUCCCAUUUGGACAUCUCAUUACAGGUCACGUCAGAACAACCUUUCAUCCAACCAAUCAAAGCGUUGCUUACCAGAUCAUGAGUGUAAUCAUGCAACCUUGAAAACAUUAACACGGGGUAUUCCGAAUGACAGUUACGACCUGUACGACUGAUACCAUAAAAAUUAUCGUCUGUCUCUCACUUCUGUGGGAUUUGUUAGUCAUUUCAGUGGUCAGUCAAAGUUCGCGAAAGGUUGUGCUGACAUGACCCGUAAUGGGAUGACCUCAGAUCAUUGUUUAGCGGCAGCUGAGAUUGAUUAAAUUCUGAUUUUUACUCCGUUACAAUCGAGGUGUUAAGAUCUGAGGACACCUCCUUAGAAGGUUGCAUCAGGCGAACCCAGAGCGAACAUGACAGCCCAAUCUAUAUGAAGUAGGCGGGUGCUGUGAGCCAAUUAGAUGUCAACGUUCUAAAAUGAUUCGGCUGCAUCACCUCUAUUCAGGAUUUUCAAUUUGGACAGAAAGCACACACAGAACACAUUAAUUGAAGGCAUUUGCUUGCAGGUGUAGAUGCCAUAGCUAAGCCUCAGUGCUGAUUGGUUGAUUAAAAGGUCCACCUGACAUGACCUAUAGAAGUGUCCUCCGAUCUCCCCACAGAGAAGCUUCGUAUCAGAGUUGUACAUGUUGUAUGAUGAAAACAUUUUGUGCAUGGAGCAUUGGUAUUCAGAUGUAGACAGAAUGAAGAUGUUUUGUUGACAGAAUCUUAUUUGUACUUAAUUCUGAUUGGUGCAAUGCAGGGUCUCACCUAUUCACUUUGUUCUCAGAAUUUGUCCUACCAGUUCCCGCUGUAUGAUUUUGUAAGGUCUUCUGUAAAGCUACCCGGUGACUAGGUCUCCACUAUCCAGUGUCUGGUUUGAAGUAAUGGUGACUAGGUCUCCACUAUCCAGUGUCUGGUGUGAAGUAAUGGUGACUAGGUCUCCACUAUCCAGUGUCUGGUGUGAAGUAAUGGUGACUAGGUCUCCACUAUCCAGUGUCUGGUGUGAAGUAAUGGUGACUAGGUCCUCACUAUCCAGUGUCUGGUGAGAAGUAAUGGUGACUAGGUCCUCACUAUCCAGUGUCUGGUGUGAAGUAAUGGUGACUAGGUCUCCACUAUCCAGUGUCUGGUUUGAAGUAAUGGUGACUAGGUCUCCACUAUCCAGUGUCUGGUUUGAAGUAAUGGUGACUAGGUCUCCACUAUCCAGUGUCUGGUGUGAAGUAAUGGUGACUAGGUCUCCACUAUCCAGUGUCUGGUGUGAAGUAAUGGUGACUAGGUCUCCACUAUCCAGUGUCUGGUUUGAAGUAAUGGUGACUAGGUCUCCACUAUCCAGUGUCUGGUGUGAAGUAAUGGUGACUAGGUCCUCACUAUCCAGUGUCUGGUGUGAAGUAAUGGUGACUAGGUCCUCACUAUCCAGUGUCUGGUGUGAAGUAAUGGUGACUAGGUCUCCACUAUCCAGUGUCUGGUGUGAAGUAAUGGUGACUAGGUCUCCACUAUCCAGUGUCUGGUGUGAAGUAAUGGUGCCUAGGUCUCCACUAUCCAGUGUCUGGUUUGAAGUAAUUGGGAAUACGUCUCCACUAUCCAGUGUCUGGUGUGAAGUAAUGGUGACUAGGUCUCCACUAUCCAGUGUCUGGUGUGAAGUAAUUGGGAAUACGUCUCCACUAUCCAGUGUCUGGUGUGAAGUAAUGGUGACUAGGUCUCCACUAUCCAGUGUCUGGUGUGAAGUAAUGGUGACUAGGUCUCCACUAUCCAGUGUCUGGUGUGAAGUAAUGGUGACUAGGUCUCCACUAUCCAGUGUCUGGUGUGAAGUAAUGGUGACUAGGUCUCCACUAUCCAGUGUCUGGUGUGAAGUAAUGGUGACUAGGUCUCCACUAUCCAGUGUCUGGUUUGAAGUAAUGGUGACUAGGUCCUCACUAUCCAGUGUCUGGUGUGAAGUAAUGGUGACUAGGUCCUCACUAUCCAGUGUCUGGUGUGAAGUAAUGGUGACUAGGUCUCCACUAUCCAGUGUCUGGUGUGAAGUAAUGGUAACUAGGUCUCCACUAUCCAGUGUCUGUCAUGAAGUAAUGGGGACUAGGUCUCCACUAUCCAGUGUCUUGGGUGAAGUAAUGGGGACUAGGUCUCCACUAUCCAGUGUCUGGUUUGAAGUAAUGGUGACUAGGUCUCCACUAUCCAGUGUCUGUCAUGAAGUAAUGGUGAUUAGGUCUCAACUAUCCAGUGUCUUGGGUGAAGUAAUGGGGACUAGGUCUCCACUAUCCAGUGUCUGGUGUGAAGUAAUGGUGACUAGGUCCUCACUAUCCAGUGUCUGGUGUGAAGUAAUGGUGACUAGGUCUCCACUAUCCAGUGUCUGGUGUGAAGUAAUGGUGACUAGGUCUCCACUAUCCAGUGUCUGGUGUGAAGUAAUGGUGCCUAGGUCUCCACUAUCCAGUGUCUGGUUUGAAGUAAUUGGGAAUACGUCUCCACUAUCCAGUGUCUGGUGUGAAGUAAUGGUGACUAGGUCUCCACUAUCCAGUGUCUGGUGUGAAGUAAUUGGGAAUACGUCUCCACUAUCCAGUGUCUGGUGUGAAGUAAUGGUGACUAGGUCUCCACUAUCCAGUGUCUGGUGUGAAGUAAUGGUGACUAGGUCUCCACUAUCCAGUGUCUGGUGUGAAGUAAUGGUGACUAGGUCUCCACUAUCCAGUGUCUGGUGUGAAGUAAUGGUGACUAGGUCUCCACUAUCCAGUGUCUGGUGUGAAGUAAUGGUGACUAGGUCUCCACUAUCCAGUGUCUGGUGUGAAGUAAUGGUGACUAGGUCUCCACUAUCCAGUGUCUGGUUUGAAGUAAUGGUGACUAGGUCCUCACUAUCCAGUGUCUGGUGUGAAGUAAUGGUGACUAGGUCCUCACUAUCCAGUGUCUGGUGUGAAGUAAUGGUGACUAGGUCUCCACUAUCCAGUGUCUGGUGUGAAGUAAUGGUAACUAGGUCUCCACUAUCCAGUGUCUGUCAUGAAGUAAUGGGGACUAGGUCUCCACUAUCCAGUGUCUUGGGUGAAGUAAUGGGGACUAGGUCUCCACUAUCCAGUGUCUGGUUUGAAGUAAUGGUGACUAGGUCUCCACUAUCCAGUGUCUGUCAUGAAGUAAUGGUGAUUAGGUCUCAACUAUCCAGUGUCUUGGGUGAAGUAAUGGGGACUAGGUCUCCACUAUCCAGUGUCUGGUGUGAAGUAAUGGUGACUAGGUCUCCACUAUCCAGUGUCUUGGGUGAAGUAAUGGGGACUAGGUCUCCACUAUCCAGUGUCUGGUUUGAAGUAAUGGUGACUAGGUCUCCACUAUCCAGUGUCUGGUGUGAAGUAAUGGUGACUAGGUCUCCACUAUCCAGUGUCUGUCAUGAAGUAAUGGUGAUUAGGUCUCCACUAUCCAGUGUCUUGGGUGAAGUAAUGGGGACUAGGUCUCCACUAUCCAGUGUCUGGUGUGAAGUAAUGGGGACUAGGUCUCCACUAUCCAGUGUCUGUCAUGAAGUAAUGGUGACUAGGUCUCCACUAUCCAGUGUCUUGGGUGAAGUAAUGGGGACUAGGUCUCCACUAUCCAGUGUCUGGUGUGAAGUAAAGGGUAAAGAGUGUAGAAUAAGGGCAACUAUCGUGUGUAUUACUUGGCCAAAAUUGCUGCUGAGACCCAGUGACUAAUGCUUUGGAGUGCGAUCCCUUGUUGGGUGAGUGAGUUGGGUUUAAUGCUGCUGUAGUUAGUAUUUCAGAUAUUUCACAUCAUAUCAGCUUGAUUAGAAUAGGUCUUAAGCAACCCAUACUUGACGUAAAGGUGACUAUGCUUGCCGUAAGGGGCGACUAACACUGGAUUGUCUGGUCAAGAUUUGAUUAUUUACAGAUCGCCAUCAUAUAGCUGUAUUAUUGCUGAGUGCAGCGUCAAACAACCAACAAAAACAUAUCAGCUUGAUGUGGGAGGAAGCCCCAUCUGAUGCUAGUUGGUGAGAACACAAGCACGGAUGUGGUGUUGAUGGAGAUCUAGCAGGAUGAAUCUGGAUUUCAAAACCCACAAUUUAAGAUUUCACAGCCAAUAGUGAUGCACGACUUGGUUGUCUCGCUCCCUCCCUCCCUCACCCACCCACUCGAGGUACUUGCAAUGAUACUGCUGAUCUGGUCUGUGUGUAAUUGUGUAGCAUAAAGUAUUCUUUUAACAAUGUCUUUGAAGUGUUAUGGACAACAAACGGCCAGUGAUUCUGAUGAACUAUAUGUAUACAAGACACAGACAGUUAUAUUUGUUCAACUUGGUCAAAGCCAGGGGUUACAUUUGCAGUUAUAAAUGUAGUGAAGUGCCUCCUUCUUAGAACAUUGUUUUUGAACUGUAACCAUGGCAACAGGUCUAUGUUAAGCAUUCAGAUAUGACUCUGAUCAUGGCUUCUCAGAGCUUUCAGUCACACAGUGCUCAAUGUGUUGUUAUGUGUUGUGAUGUUAUAGUUUGUGUUGUUAACAGUUGGUUCCUGACGCCAUAGUUCUAAUAUACUAUUUCAGUUGGUUUGUGUUUUUAGUUUAUUAUUUGUUGUUUGAACUGUACAACCCAGAAGAAGCUAAAGGACACCUGGUUCUUCAUAUUGCUGUCGUGACAGGUUAACUAUAGAAAUGUACAAAGAAUUGGGUGUUGUUGAACUUCUUUUGAGUAGUAUAUAGUGCGGAAAUAUGAAUAUCAUAUAACAUGACAGUUACAGCAUGGACAGUAUAUCUUAAUGUGUGCAAUAGUGACAGAAAUCUGACCAAAUGAUAAUGGAAUAGAACUGGUAAGACUGUCCUACUUUGUCAGACCGGCGAACAAACACAGCCUUGGAUGUUCUAUGUGCAUGGUGUGCUGGUUUGUGCAGUAAUCUACAGUCGACUCCAGCACUGCACUGCAUUCAAACUGUGGGUCAAACUCAUACAAAUGAAAUUCGUUUCAAAAUAUUUUAUUCGAAUAAGACUGAGAUGAGCUUUGAGAUUUAUAAAAUAUUAGUUUCAUAGUCUUGUACAGAUGUACUUGGAGUUGCUACAACCUCUCAGUUUUGGCAUUUCAUGCUGUCUGUAUUUGUGAAUGAAGGCUGACAUGAAUGCAGUGUUUGUAUAUGUGUGUACACUAUUACUUAAGGCAACUUCUCCGUACAGAUGAAGAGUCAUGUAUUGGACUGCCCCUUCCUCCAACUACUGGAAUAUCUAUGCAAGAUGCAACAUGUUUAACCUUAAUAACGCAAGAAUUGUAUAAAUGUAUAACAUGUACAAUGAAUGAGGUUGUUUUUGUUUUGCUUGUUCUGAAUUAUCAGUGAAUACACAAGGCCAAUUCUUGAGGAAAUGUUACACACUCCCAAAGGGUACAAAGUGCUUUUGUGUUCAUGGUAUUGAAAUGGUUCAUGUGAAGGGUUUGAGAUUGAACAGUAGUGACUCUGUAUGGGAAGCAUGUUUUGGUCUUGUUACCAUCAUGCAUAUGUAUGUUAUUCAUUAAAAAUACAAUGCAAUAAACUUUUCAUAUGUA